UAUUUAUAAGAUUUUUCGUUUGUUUUAAAUUAAGAUUCUUGUUUCCAUAUAAGUUCAUGCAAUCUCCCAGUUUGUUACUGUAAAUUCAGAACUGAUUAAAAAGAAAUGAAAUCAUUUCAAAUAUUCACAACUGUUUUCUUGAUUCUAGUCUUGCUCCCAAAUGGUAUUAAUUACACAUUUGCCACAGCCCAGUCUGAGAAACAGCUGCUGCUACAGUUAAAGAACAGCCUCACAUAUGAUUCUUCACUCUCAACCAAGCUGGCCACGUGGCACGAAUCCACCAACCACUGUCAAUGGAUCGGAGUUCAAUGCGACAAUCAAAAUCGUGUUUCAGUUCUCGAUCUCAGCAACGAAUCAAUCACCGGAGGAAUCAACGACAAUCUUUUCAUGCUUGUUCAUCUCCAAACCCUGAAUUUAGCUCAAAACACCUUCGAUUCAAUCGAGCUGCCAUUAGGGUUUGGAAAAUUGGCAGAAUUAAGGUAUCUAAAUCUGAGCAAUUCCGGGUUUUCAGGUCAGAUUCCACUCGAUUUUUCGAAUCUAACGAGGUUAGUUACACUCGAUCUCUCCUCAGCGUUUUAUUCAUCGCUCAAGCUCCAAAACCCUAAUUUAGAAAAAUUGAUCCACAGCUACACAAAUCUGAGAGAACUUUAUCUUGAUGGGGUUAAUAUUUCUGCAAAAGGGUAUAAUUGGUGCAAUGCUGUAUCAUCUUAUAUACCUAAUUUACGAGUUUUGAGCUUGUCCAAUACUUAUCUCACAGGCCCUUUCGAUUCGUCGUUGCGAAAACUCCGAUUUAUCUCUGUUAUUCGUCUCGAUGGCAAUGCUUUCUCUUCGAAUUUCGCGGAAUUUUUCGCCGAUUUUUCCGAUUUGAGUGUCUUAACUUUAAGCUCGUGUAAUUUAUCCGGUGUGGUGCCGAAGAAACUAUUCCAAAUAAAGAGCCUUGAGAUAAUUGACUUGAGUGGGAAUCGGUAUUUACGAGGUUAUUUGCCUGAAUUCGAUAACAAUGGAGGAUCUCUUCGGAAUUUGUUGCUUAGUUACACAAACUUUUCGGGUGAUUUACCCGAGUCUUUAGGUAAUCUGAAAAUGCUGUCGAAUUUCGAUCUUCGUGGUUGUGGUUUUUCUGGUAUGAUUCCUGGUUCGAUCAAGAAUCUAUCUCGACUUAUCUAUUUGGAUUUGUCUCAGAAUCGGUUUGUCGGCUCUGUUCCGUCUUUUGCUCUGUUAGAGAAUCUGACAGUGAUAAAUCUCCAUGGAAAUCGAUUAACGGGUAAAAUCAGUACCGGUUCUUCUUCACAUUGGAAAGGCCUAAAAAAUCUGAAUUUUCUCGAUUUGAGCGAUAAUUCGAUCGGAGGCGAAAUUCCAUCGUCGCUGUUCGCUUUGCCGGUUCUUAAAGUGUUGUAUCUUUCCAACAAUAGCUUUUCUGGUUCCUUAAAUAUUUCUUCUUAUUCUUCUUCGUUAGAAGUUAUUCAGCUGAAUAUAGUUAUGAGUGUCAAAUUUGCAGUUGAGAGUGAAGUUGUUGUUAGUGGCUCACGGAUAAGCAUGCAAGAUGGCAAGCUUGGAUCUUUCCUGAUGCAGCCAGCAAAAACCUUCACUUUGGAACUAUUACUAGUUUUUCUUGUAGUGAAUCUAGAAGGUUCUAUUCCUCGGUUUUUGUUCGAAAUCGAAAAUCUUUCGUCUCUUUCUCUAGCUUCGAACAGGUUUAGUGGCUUCCUCGAGCUAACUGAUCUUCACAAUCUAAAAAAUCUUGUGAAUCUUGAUCUUUCCUACAAUAAUAUUUCGGUACGUGUGAGCGAAAAAGUACCGAUUUCUUCGUUGUUACCUAGAUUAGGAAGUUUAAUGUUGGCUUCUUGCAGGAUGAAUAAACUUCCUCUGCUUAAGAACCAAUCAUCUUUAAUGAUGCUUGAUCUUUCAGACAACGAAUUAAACGGCGAAAUUCCGAAUUGGAUAUGGGAAGUCGGUAACGGGUUUCUCCGUUUCUUGAAUCUUUCGAACAAUCGGUUCAGUGUUCUUCAAGAGCCUUAUAGUUUCGGAAACCUUGAUUAUCUUGAUCUUCAUUCGAACAUGCUACGCGGGCCAAUUCCACUUCCACCGCCCACAGCUGUGUUCUUCUCAAUAGCGAGUAACAGAAUCUCCGGGAAUAUUCCGUCAUCGUUCUGCAACGCGCGUCGCAUUCGGAUGCUGGACUUGUCGAGCAACAGCUUGCAUGGGAGGAUACCGUCUUGUUUAACGGAGAGUACUUUUAUGACAGCGUUGAAUUUGAGUAGAAACAAACUCGGCGGUCGGAUUCCGGAUUCGAUAGGGAAAAUGCAGCAACUUGAGUCGUUGGAUCUUUCGUUUAACGGUCUUGGCGGUGAAAUCCCGAAGCAGAUUGUGGAGCUUAGGUUUCUUUCGUUCUUGAAUUUGUCGUACAAUCAUCUUGUCGGAAAGAUUCCACAAGGCGGCCGUAUUCAAACUUUUCCGGCGAGUUCGUUUGUCGGAAACAAAGGGCUGUGUGGAUUUCCUUUGGCUAACAAAAGUUGCAGUGAUGUUGGAGCACCGCCAUUUUCGCAUAUUAGAGGCAGAGCAGGGAAAUUUAGAUACUAAAAACCUCUCAUGUUUAGAUAAUUACAAUCACCCCACAACUAUGCAUUGUCUUACUAAAAGACCCCUCCAAUAAGUAAAUUUGUGACUGUAAGAGUACACGUGUAAAAUAAGACAUAGUUGAGGGGGUUUAUUGUAAUUAUGCUAAUAAGAGGGGUUUUUAUAAUUUUGUCUUACCUCAGACUGUAAUUUGCCCAUAAUUUUAUGGUACUGGAAAUAAAUGUUUGUAAUUUUCUCAAUUCCGGUAAUGUUAAUUUGGGUCGGUUGUCUUAUGUAUUUAAUUUUGUAUUGAAGUGCCAAAAAAAAAAAAAAAAAAAAAAAAAAAAAAGAAAUUAAGCCACUUGUAUAGGCGGAACUUAUGUUCAACCACAAACACGUAGAAAUUCAUGGACUAGUUCCACGGCCAUGCAUGCAUGCAUGCAUACAACACUCUCCCAAUGCAGUCCACGUGUCAUCCACGUGUCUUUACAUAACUACUUUUCCCAAACUCGAACCUUUUCAGACAACCCACAUGUCUACAAACUAAAACAUCGAGAAAUUAUUACUAAUACUUUAUUA